UCCCUAUUUUUUCCAUCUCAUCAAGCACCAACUUUUUGGGCCUACAUUUUUUCUUUCUUUUCCUUUUCCUCACCCUUGAAGUUCCUGCAACUUUCAUUGUUCUUAAGAGUUUCCACCCAUCCUCAAAUUCCUUCCCUCGCUCUCUCUCUCCCUCUAUACAGAACAUACACUCAAAAUUAUCCUAAUGGCAACAGAACCAAAGACAGACGCCAAAACAGAAGCUAAACAAGAGGCCAAAACAGAGGCUAAAGAAGUGGUAGUAGAAGGAAACACAGAACCAUCUCUCAAGUACAAGACGUGGGUGUUGAAAGUCUCGGUUCAUUGUGAAGGGUGCAAGAGGAAAGUCAAGAAGAUCCUGGAUAGCAUAGAUGGUGUGUUCACCACAGAUGUUGAUCUAAGACUACAGAAGGCCACAGUAGUAGGGGAUGUUGAUGCAGAUACUUUAAUCAAGAGACUGAUAAAAAAGACCGGGAAACAUGCAGAGCUGUGGCCUGAAAAAGCUGAUAAUAAUCAGAAAGCAGCAAUGAAGAAAGGCAAAGCAAAAAACAAAGACAAGGAAAAAGAGAAAGAGAAAGAAAGAGACAGCAAUGAAGAAGGUGGUGAUGGAGAAAAUAAGAAAGAAGUUAAAGUCAAGGCCGAAGUAGUAAAAAUGCAAGACCCUUCUCCUAAAAACAGUGAAAAUGGCGGCCCUAGUAAAAAUAGUGAAGGUGGCGGUCAUGUGGUUAUUGGCAACGCAAGUGAAGGUGGUGCUGUUCAAGUCAAGGAAGUAAAGGUUAAUGAGGUUAAUGCUAAGCAACCUGCCACCUCACCGUCCGGUGUCCGGUCACCGGUGGCUGACAAGAAAGUUGGUGGUGAAAGUGAGGUUGUAGCUGAGAAAAUUGGUGGUGGGGGCAGUGUAGAUGGUAGCAGUGGUGCUAAAAAGAAGAAGAAGAAGGCACAUAAAGAGAAUAACAGCAAUAAUAACAAUGGUGAUGAGGGUGAACAUUCUGGUCACGCACCAGCAGGUACUGGAUCACCAGGUCAAGGGCAUGUUCAAGUCCAGAUCCCACCCCCAGCAAAUCACAUCCCUCCACGUCACGAUCAUGUGUAUGACUACCCAGCAACUUACUAUGCACCCCCAGUGUAUGCUGUGAGUAGCAAUGUUGCAUACCCUAGUACAAGUUAUGGUGCCUCAUACCAUGCCCCACAGUAUUCCUAUGCGUAUAUGCAUCCCGGCACCCAUCCGGGUACAAUUAGUGUACCUCCGCCACCUGAUUUCCAUCCGUACUACUCAUCACAGACGUCUGAUUCAUUUGAACCUCCGCCACCCGAUUUCCAUCCGUACUACUCAUCACAGACGUCUGAUUCGUUUGAGUUUCUUAGCGACGAAAACCCUAACGCGUGCUCAAUCAUGUGAUAAUGGCUUGACAAGAAGUGGCAAUUAGCACAUUGAAGUAUCGAAGCCUUAUACUACUUGUAUAAGUCUACGGGGGGAAAGGGUUAUUUUUGUAAUGUAUGUAGAUAUAUGAAAGGUAAAGUUCUUGUAGCUUUAAAAUUAGGGGAUAAUAAGAGGGGGAUUAGGGUUUGGCGUUUUUCUCUUUGGUGACGGGUGUUGCUGUUUUUAGCUUUAUUUUGUACUUUUUACUGUUUCUAAGUUUUUUUUUUUUUUUUAUCAUUUAUAUAUAUAGCAGCCUUGAUGUUAUUGCA